AUGGCGGCUCCUGGUCCCGUGACUCCCGGGGCACUCUUUGAACCAGCACAGCCCCCAGUCAUUGAGGGCUUUAGCCCCAGUAUCUACAGCACUCAAGAAAGCUUCAAGGAAAAAUUUCUUCGCAAGACCCGCGAGAACCCAAUGGUACCCAUAGGCUGCCUGGGCACGGCGGCCGCCCUAACCUACGGCCUCUACUGCUUCCAUCGGGGUCAGAGCCACCAUUCUCAGCUCAUGGUGCACACCCGGAUCGCUGCCCAGGGCUUCACGGUCGCAGCCAUCUUGCUGGGUUUGGCUGCGUCUGCUAUGAAGUCUCGAUCCUGA